AGCAUUUCUUUAUUGAGAUCUGGCGCAUAAACGCAAUUUAAAGUCCCACAAUGCAACACUGAUUGAGGUUAUUCGCUUUAAGGCCGCCGAUUUUACCUCGCGUUAAACCAGUUCGCUUCAAUUCAAAAAUCUCCUUGUCAGAGUUUUGUAUUAUUAAAAACACCAAUUUUAUUGAUUGCAAAUGUCUAACCAGGGUAUGAAAAGAAUGAAUAAUGACAGUGGAUCUGGUGGAGGUGCUAAAAAAAUGCGUGGAGAUUCUGUAACAUUAAGAUUUCUUCUAAUGAGCAAGCAUGCUGGUGGAAUUAUAGGAAAGGGUGGACAAACAAUAAAACGGCUGCGCUCAGAGUACAGUGCCACCGUCAAUGUCCCGGAUUCAAACUCUUCAGAGCGGGUUUUAUCAAUUGCAGCAUCUCAAGAAAAUGCUAUAAAAAUUUUAUGUGAAUGUUUGCCACUUUUUCAUGAGCCACCCUAUCAAGUCAGUGGUGGGGGAAGUCAGAAUCAAAAAAAUGAGUUUGAGGUUGAUUUUCUUGUACAUUCAAGUCAAGUUGGUGGAAUUAUUGGUCGUUCGGGUUUUAAAAUAAAAGAACUUCGUGAGCAAACCAAUGCAAAUGUAAAGGUCUUUCAAGAAUGUCUUCCAAACUCUACAGAGCGUGUAGUUGCAUUAGGGGGUGGUGAAGCAGAAAUAGUAGAUGCACUGAAAAAAAUUCUGGAAAUAAUGCAAGAGUCUCCCAUUAAAGGAAAUAUAGCAUUAUAUGACCCAAGUCAAGAAUGGAAUGGAGGACAAGAUAACUACAGUGGUUCUCCAAUGAAUAAUAUGCGGAGUGGACCAUUAUUAGGUCGGGGUAACAAUCGCUCUGGAAUGGGUCGUUCUGGAGGAAGAAGUGGUUUUCAAGGUGGAAACUUUGGUCAACAAGGAGGUGGAUUUGGGAGAGCGGUAAGUUCAUCAAUCACAUCAAAUCAAGAAAGUACUAAUGGAGGCAGCCAUGGAGGAAGUUUCCAAAAUGAUUUUUCUGGUGGUCAAGAAUUUGGCGGUGGAGGGUUUAAUAAUUCACAAAGUUUCAAUGACUUUAACAGUCAAGGUAGUGGUAACGGUGGAGAUUCUAUAUUUGGCCAAGGUGACAUACAAACAACUCAAGUUACAAUUCCAAAUGAUUUGGCUGGCGCUAUAAUAGGUCGUGGGGGAGAAAGAAUACGCAACAUCAGGCAAAGAAGCGGUGCCGAUAUUAAAAUACAAGACCCUGGUGAAGGUAAAAAUGAUAGAGUUAUAACAAUAACUGGAACCCAAGAUCAAAUACAAUAUGGACAAUUUCUUAUGCAGCAGAGCGUUCGCCAAUACUCUGGUAAGAAGGGUGGUCAACUGUAGGUAUUGCUUAACGAAGUGUGUCAAGUAUUACCGACCCUGAAAUCUCGAAAACAACGAUAUUUUUAAUUAAAUGAGUUUUAAAACAUUAAUACAGCGUUUCAUGUGUAAUAAGUUUUCGUUCAAUCAGUGAUAGAGAAUAUUGAAAUAGUUACCAAUGAGUAUCACGUUUGUUUUAUACGGGCUAAAUGAUACUUUUUGGUGCGUGUAAAAAUGUUUAUGGUAUACGAGGUAGAAUAACUUUGAUAA